AAAUGAGUCAUCAUCAUAAGGCACAUGAUAUUGCAAAAGUAGCAGCAGCUAAGUUGAAUGCAGCUGCUGCUUCUAGAAAUUAUAAUGUCACUCCUAGAGUCGAUUAUAGAACAGUUGUCAAAGUUGAUGGUCCAUUAGUUAUUUUGGACAAUGUUAAAUUCCCAAGAUAUGCUGAAAUUGUUAACGUUUGUUUAGGAGAUGGAUCUGUUAGAAAAGGGUAAUUAAAAUAUUGCAUUCUUUUAGAUAAGUUUUGGAAAUUGCUGGUAAGAAAGCAGUCGUACAGAUCUUUGAAGGUACUUCAGGAAUAGAUAAUUUAUAUACACAUUGCGAAUUCACAGGUUCAACACUUUAAAUGCCAAUCUCUGAAGAAAUGCUUGGAAGAGCAUUUAAUGGAUCAGGAGUUCCAAUUGAUAAAGGACCUCCUGUAUUAGCAGAAGAAUUCUUGGAUAUUCAAGGAUAGCCUAUAAAUCCUUUUUCAAGAGUAUAUCCUUAAGAAAUGAUUCAAACAGGUAUCUCUGCUAUAGAUUGUAUGAACUCAAUUGCUAGAGGAUAGAAGAUUCCAUUAUUUUCUGCCAACGGUUUACCACAUAAUGAGAUAGGAGCGUAUAAUACUAUAUAGAUGAUUUUAGUUAAAUUGUGCGUUAAGCCUCAUUAGUCAAAGGAAAAGAUGUACUUGAUCAUUCUGAUGAAAAUUUUGCAGUUGUAUUUGGUGCUAUGGGAGUUAAUAUGGAAACUGCAAGAUUUUUCUAAACAGAUUUUGAAUAAAAUGGUUCUAUGGAAAGAGUCGUUCUAUUUAUGAACUUAGCUAAUGAUCCAACAAUUGAAAGAAUUAUUACUCCAAGAUUGGCAUUAACAACUGCAGAAUAUUUGGCUUAUGAAAAAGAGUUGCAUGUUUUAGUUAUUUUAACAGAUAUGUCAGCUUAUGCAGAUUCCUUAAGAGAAGUAUCUGCAGCUAGAGAAGAAGUUCCAGGAAGACGUUCAUUUCCAGGUUAUUUAUAUACAGAUCUUUCAACUAUUUAUGAAAGAGCAGGCAGAGUAUAAGGUAAAAAUGGAUCAAUUACCUAAAUUCCAAUUUUAACAAUGCCUAAUGAUGAUAUUACACAUCCUAUUCCAGAUCUUACAGGUUAUAUUACUGAAGGUUAAAUUUUUAUUGAUAGACAAUUAAAUAACAAAUAAGUUUACCCACCUAUUAAUGUCUUACCAUCUUUAUCAAGAUUGAUGAAAUCUGCUAUUGGUAAAGGAAUGACUAGAGAAGAUCAUCCAGAAGUAUCUAAUCAAGUAUUUUCAUUUAUAAUAUUUUCUAUAGUUAUAUGCCAAUUAUGCCAUUGGUAAAGAUACAGCAGCCAUGAAAGCUGUUGUAGGAGAAGAAGCUUUAUCAGCUGAAGAUCUAUUGUAUUUAGAAUUUUUAAAGAAAUUUGAAAAUAAUUUCAUCAGUCAAGGAGCUUAUGAAGUUAGAUCCAUUUUCAAAUCUCUAGAUUUAGCUUGGAGAUUGUUAAGAAUCUUUCCUCCUGAAAAAUUAAAGAAAGUAAUCAAUCAUUUAUACCUUUUAGAUUAACAAAAAAAAUCUUGAAACAUAUUAUUACAGAAGAAAGGAAGAUGAAGAUGAUUUUGAUGGACCUUAAUAAUAAUAAGAAAAAUGAUUAUGAUGUAUCAAGUAGAAAUAUGCAG